AUGCUCGUAGCGUUUGCAGGGAAUGGCUUCCUCAUCUACAUCGUGUGGAAGAAACCUGAAGUCAGAUCACUGACAAGUUUUAUGUUCGUCAACAUGGCCAUCGCUGAUUUGCUUGUAACCCUGAUUGUGAUACCCUGGUCGAUUUCCAUAAUAUAUAAAGACGGUUUGUGGAUGAUCCCGGGAGUAUUUGGAAAAGUCAUGUGCAAAGGUGCUGUAUACACUGCCUAUGUCACCAUAACAGCAUCCGUCCUCUGCCUGACGUUCAUGGCGAUCGACAGGUACUAUGCCAUCGUUCAUCCCCUCCGCCGCCAUCUUUGGUUUCGAAAGCCUAAACUAACCGUCCCAUUUAUUUGGAUCGGGUCACUGGUCUCCAUGUCCAUUUUCCUUGUUAUUCAAACCGUAGAGGACUACAACAAUUCUUCCCAUUGCUUGCUAUCUGUUUACAUCUUGGGUGAUCCAGAUAGGGCUCUUCGAGGAAUAUACCUCUUCCUUUUCGUCCUCAACUAUCUCAUCCCCUUGGUCGUUAUUUCUUUCCUGUAUACUAUCACUGCAUGGAAUUUAUGGUUCCAUGUUACACCUGGAGUGAAUACUUUGAGAGGAGAUCGAGCGCAACUAGAAAGCUCUAAAAGAAGAGUGGUUCGGAUGCUCAUUAUUGUUACCUGUGCCUUUGCCCUUUGUUGGCUUCCACCACAAGUGGUCCACAUCAUGCACGUCAUUCACGCAUCUAAGGUUUACCUACAUAUACAGCCGAUUGUCAGCUUUGUGUGUUUUUGGUUUGGACACGCUAACAGUGCCGUUAACUCAUGGCUGUACAUUUUUCUGAGUACCAAGAUAAAUACGGCAUUUACCAGGGUCGUCAGUAGAAAAAGCAGCCGGUUGCCUUCAAGUCUCACCAUCAAAACAUCAGAUGCCGUCUUACCACCUGAAGAUGAAGCAAUCCAGAAUGAAUCAAGAAUAUAAUGCCUCUCAUAACAUGAAACUUUUAUUACUAAUUUUUAUUACUGGAACAAACACAGGAUGAAAUUGCAAGAAUCUGUAUACGGAAACGUGGCAGGAACAUGUUAAACCGUUCCGGAAACACGACGGAUAACCUGUGUUUCCGUUACCGGUUUCGUGACGUUUUCUCGCGUUUCCGUUGCUGCGUAUACAACGGAACCAGACCACUUUUACGUAAACAUAACGGAAACAUGGAGUUGCAUGUUUCCGCCACGUUUCCGAUUACGGAUUCAUGCAAUUUCGUCCUGUGAAAGGCACAUUUGGUUUUUCUAGUAUCACCUUGUUAUUGUUUCUUGCUGAAGUAGUCAUCAAAGCUUUAAGGUCUGCUUAAGUGUAAUCUUGGAGAGCUAACUAUAGGUUUUAUGUCUCAUUCAGUUGUGGAUUUUAAAGCGCCAAACACACUAGCCAAAGAUACCGGUUUAGUUAAUUUCUUUGCGAUACACAGAGCGUCAUUGCCUUCUUAGUUCCCGCCGGAUUGCUAUGUUCUGAAAGCCGCUCUUGUAGAUUAAAUUGUUGAGUACUGAUAAGUAAAUACAGGGAGAUUUUGGAUGCGACCUCCCUUUGAGAAGGCCUCAAUGGAAAAAGAGAGUGUUGUGAAGUGCUAUUACGAUUCAAGGAUUUUUGGUUAGCAUUCAAAGAUUGUAUCAGUCUUACCCCCUUACGAUACGUUUCAUUGUUGUCUUUCUCCUCUGGUUGUGCAAUUACUCGAACUUGAAAUUUUGUUUCUAAACUGGUCGUGUUGAGUACUUUAUUUUCAGUUUUUUAAAUUUGACACGUAAAAGUUUUAGCUGAUUAUUGUAUAGUCCUUGUGCGAGUCUUAUCAAGUUCAGAAGCCCGCAAGGUCGAACUCGUAAUUUUAACAUCAACAAUAGUUUGUGCUGACUCUAUUUAUGAGGCUUGUUUCUCGAACAAAGACGUUCGUCGGUGGUCAUGUUUGGGUGUGUUUAGUGAACUUGUAUAAAAAAUACAUUUGAUCGGGUCCGAAUUUUGAACAAGGGGUCAAACUCUGCAAAGACAGUCAACACAUUACCUACAUGUUCACUAAUAAGGUACUUUAGAGCGUGCACUACAGUGAGUAAAAGAGAGAUAUAAUUUGGUUAGCUACAGAAAAUGUAAUAAAGAAGAAAAGAACUAAGAGUCUUGGUGCCUCCUGUUAGUGUGGGCCUUCUCAGAAGCUAGUUUUCCCUGCCAUUGCAUCUUUACAGAAGGUUAUACAAUGGACAACUAACGAAGUUACUCAGACACCCAACAACUAGAAUGUUGCUAAAGUCGAAAUAAAAGUGAAGAAAGCUUUUAAGCAAAAAGAAGAGAUGCGAACAUAUUUUUACAUUGCAAUAAUACAUGGUUCUAAUAUUUUUCUUACUUAAGGGUAACACUGAAUUACCGAGGAAUCCGAACAAAAAAUUGUUUCAGUUGAUUUCCUAACCUUUGUUACCUAUUCUCUUCUUUUGUCUUUGUUCUUUUGAUUUUAUUUUUGGUAUAACAGGAAACGCAAAGUUACUGUGAUAGAGAUUCAGUUAAAAAAAAAAAAACAAAAAAAAAAAACGUGCACAUAUUAAUAUAACGAUGGUGGAGUGUUAACAGGGUCACCUUCAGCCUCACUCCAAAUCAAAGGCUUGGUAACCAAGUACACAACUGUAAAAUUGCCUAUUCAAAGGGAAAUAGAUCGUCUAGAAAUCCUGAAAGACUGCGAACGUUGUGGAAAUGCAUAAUAAAGUACCGUAUUGAUAAGGUAAAUAACACAAUUAUUAGGUCAUUUAAUUCAGCAUCCCGCUGCAUGAUCCUUCACGAUGAAGGUUUAUGCCGAAAAGUGGGUCAUUCGCUCUGAUGCCUGAUCAUCUCCAAUACAUAAUUUGCGAAGUUAUGCUAUACAGAUACGGCACGUCUCGAUGAAUCAAUUUCUCCCUUUGGUAUUGUUUGGUUGAGUGGCGUGAAAUACACGUGUUUUGCAUACAUUUUGGUGGCUUAUCAGUAACAUAAACCGCACAAACUGAGUUAGAGUGUCGUCACUGUUCUCGAAAUAAACCGUUUUUCGUUGCAGUAAACACCAGCAAAAACCAGAUGAUUUUUGGUGCAGGAGAAAUCCUCCAGGAAAGAACCAUGUGGUAAAUUUAUUUCCAAGGCCGCCAAAAAUGCUGGAGUACGUGGCAGAGUCAUUGACCACUUGUACGGAUUUCGUCCAUCUCACGCCUCCUUUCAAUGCAAGAUGGAGAUACCUCAGAAAAUUUUGUUGCUCUAUAACAUAAGUACUAACUGUAAGUACUAACAUGUUUUUUCUGCUCAAUUUAUGGCUCCUGCGCACUUUGUGCUUGGGCCAUAAAUCCGAGCGAAAAAAACUCGUUCUGUUACAUGCAGUGCAGCCCUCGAACUCGGUUAGUAAGAGGUAUCUCGUGCUCUCCAAACUUCCCGCGUACAUCCAUACCUGGCAUGGACCAAUUCUUUAUGAAUCUGACAGUUUUAAACAUCCUGUUUACGACGGUGAUCGAUAUUUUUUUCGUUGAGGUCAAUUCUGUCUUUAAGUAAGUAUCCUGAGAAAGAUAGUUAGGAAGUCUAUCAUAAAAAUUUGUCGAAACGUCCACAGAUAGAGAGACAAGCGAAGCAACUGCGUCAAUAUUCACCUUUAAUGAAAAAACCCUGAGAAAUCAGUCACAUUUGAAAAAAUUAAAUUAGUGCAGUCCUUUGGUUUUUCUACCUCUGCCAGACAAUGGUUUUUCUCGUACUUAACCAAUCGUUCUCAAAGUGUUUUUGUUAAUGGGAUAGUUUAAGAGCCUCAAAAAAUCGACUAGGGUAGCGCUUUAGGGCCCUUGCUCUUUAUAAUGUAUAUUAAUGACAUCCCAUGUGGUUAGAUAUUCUAAUGUUGAGCAAUAUGAUGAUGAUACGCUUCUUUACUUUGCUAGUGAUGAUGUUAACAUCAUUGAGUCCAAUCUGUCAUCUGAUUUAGAUAGUGUUACUCAGUGGCUUAGUGCUAAUUACAUAAAAUACUCAACUCUAUCAAAUCUAAAAUAAUGCUUGUGGGUACCCAUCAAAGGCUUGCCUCUAAGUCGUUCUCCAUAUCAUCUAACGGCCGAGACUUAGAGAGAUUAGAAAGGUUUAAAUAUCUCGGGGUUUUUAUGGACCCAACACUUUCUUUGAAGUCCCACAUUAAUAACUUGGGAAAGAAGAUCUCUUCUAGAUUAGGAAUGUUGCGUAGAGCACGAAAGAUCUUGCCUCAGUCAUCCUGUAUCAUUUUGUACAACGCAAUGAUACUCCCCCUUUUUGAGUAUUGCUCAGUUGUAUGGGAUAGUUCUGGGGCUAUAUCUAAAUGGUAUCUUGAUAAACUUAAUGGGCGUGUGGCGAGUAUUAUCUUAAAUAGGGCUGUGAGUGAAACAGAUAUUAUUCGUAUUCUUGGUUGGCCUAACCUUCAGUCUUGUAGAGACUAUCUUAAAUGCAUGCUGGUUUUCAAAUCUACGAACGGCUUAGCACCUUCCUACCUAUUGAGUGAUUUUACUCGAGCUAAGAAAUAUCAUACAUAUAAUACCAGGCACAGGGAUUUGAUUCGUCUUCCUUUGCCCAAAAGCACUAAAUAUCAAGGCAGUUUUAGAUAUAAUGGUGGGUGCACUUUUAAUAAUCUGCCCAAAGCAAUAAGAUCGCUGGAAAGCCCUAAAACUUUUAAAACUGAGUGAAAGCGGUUUUUUAAACAGAUUUAAUUAGUUAUGUAGACUUUGCAUGUAUUUUCUCCGAUAAGUUUUACUUUUGUCUGUCAAUUUUGAGUAAGUUUGUAUUGUCAAAUUUUGUUUUUGCAGGGCUCUCUUUAAACUAGCUAUGCUAAAUGUGAUGUCCCUGUUUAAAUAUUGUUUAAAUAAAAUAAAUAAAUAAAUAAAACGCUUUAUUAUAACAUAGCGUGGGUGCUUGCUUGAGGUCAACUCUGUCUUUAAGUAAGUAUCCUGAGAAAGAUAGUAAGUUUAUCAUACAAAUUUGUCGAAACGUCCACAGAUCGAGAGAUAAGCGAAGCAACUACGUCUGCAUUCACCUUUAAUGAGAAAACCCCGAGAAAUCAGUCACAUUUGAAAACGCUUUAUUAUAACAUAGCGUGCGUGCUUGCCCUAUAUAAGUCCUAUUGAGCUGCUAUGAACAAAAUCUUUAUUUACGCAUGCCCGUACGUAAAUAAGAUGACGUGAGCGUUUUUUUUACUUGGCUUCAGAGUUUCCGUCCUUUAAUUGGGAAUUUACUAAAACCAAAACAAUCACAAUUGCACUUUAUCACAAUAAAAGGCUUCUUCUCGCAGAUCCUUGUUGUCACUCUGUUUUCUAUAAAAAAAAUUUGCUCAUGCUUUUAGCUGCGCGUAUAUCGAGUUAUGGAUGCACUUGAGAUAAUAAUGUAACGUCAGAAGACUCGUGUUCUUCUAGUUUAUUGUUAUGUUUAGAUCUAGAUUUGAUGCGCUAUAGUGUACUGCACCAUUACCUAAAAAUAAAAAUUUGGUCAUCAUCAACUAUAACUGCCGUCGUCUCCAUUUAGGGCAGCAGAGGUUUUCAUAUGUCAGACACGUCACCCAAAGUGUAGGCGGUAGAUAUAAUCCAAUGAUCAACAGUCAUUGUUAAUAUGUGUUUUGGCGUUCGAAUUAACAAAAUAUUCAUUUAGUUUGGGUUUCCUCAUUUCUUGUUUACAAAGUGUUAUCCAUCUGAAAUGUAAAUUUUAAGGAAAUUUUUUACUUUAAUUUUUCAUAAGGAAGAGACUUUUAUCAUUCUAUUUUGUGAUCAGCAUUUGUCAUGUUCUGCUUGCAUUUAAAUACUACUCUGAAUCAAGUGAAGUCUCCAGAAUCACGUUUUAAUCUAAACUAUGAUGGAACUUGUAAAAUAAUAAUCGAAGGCCAUCUUAGAUUAAAAAUUUGAAAUACGUCUUCGGGUCAGUGAAAAUAACAAAAUCUUUACAUUUAGGAUUUAUUUGGCAAGGAAAUUGGGGAUUUAAGAUCCAGGACUGUAAAUAUUAUAAAUGAAGGAGGAGACAAGAUAUGGGAGUUUCUUCAGUUGGAUUCGAAAAGACCGAUCGAAAAGCUAGAAAAGACACCCACUGUAAUCCGCUGUAACAAUAAAUUAACCAUGCAAACAUAUUUUCCAAAAUUCUGAUCACAAGAAAGUCUUAACGAAAACCGUGUUCUCACGCAAUACAUACGAAAUAAUAAAUGAUAAAAAAUUGAACAUUUCUCAGUUAUCUUGAAAACCGAUAAGUCUUUAAAAAAUAUCCACAGUGAUAGCGUAGGCAUUCUGCACGCAAAAAAAAGUAGCAUAUAAAAAGUAAACAUAUUUUCAGUAAUUUUUAUGAAAAAAAAAAUUACGGUAUGUUACCACACAAUCAAAACAAAAUAGGAAAAAAGAUUAAAAAUGAAACAAUUUGAAUUGACGUAAUUCGAAAUUGAAACUGUAAAAAUUUGAAAGAAAGAUGUGAUCAAGGUGUUUUGGUUGAAUUUUACGCAGCGAUCACCAUGCUUGAAUCUUUACGCAUCGUGGAUUCACUGUACGGCCUCUUUUUGAAGUUAGCAACAUUUAAAAAGUGCAAGAGAAACUAAAAACAGGUUUUUAAAACAUUAUGAGUGGAAGACACAUUUGAUAUUGGUAAUUUUCAGCUAUUUAUUUAGGAUCGUGUGUGUGAUAUUUAGAACUAUCCUGUCAAUGUUGCCUCAUCAGCGCGUCGAAAGUGUCUCGAAUCGGGAGAUUGUUUAAGGCAGAAGAUGUUUUAAUUUAGAAAUAUUUACUUUCCUUUCUCAAGGUAUUACUUUUCGUCAUUUUCCAUCACUUGCCGUUAGAUGACAAACCAGGUUUUAAGAGAAGAGGACAAUAGGAUUGGUUCCGUACUGCAUGCAGUCGACUUUUUACUCUUUUGAUUACACUGAAAAAAAAAAAAAAAAAAAAAAAAAACGGAAAAAACCUGAAGAACUAAGGUACGAGUCCUCGCCUGGUUAUAAUAAUAUAAUAUUUCCUAGGCCCCGCCUUCGUGAAAAAUGGCUUCAAUCUUUUUCCAGAAACGUUUUUGACUGAUUUAUGCGUCCGAUGCAGAUGUUAUCAGACGUUAUAAUUUGCAUAUGUUGGGACGAGAGGAAAUAAAUUUGUAUAUGGUCGGUGCCAACAACAGCAAUUCGUAAUUUCAAGUUUUCCACAUGUUCGUGGAUGAGACGAAAGUUGUAAGAACAAAAACGUGCCACACGAAGCAUAGCCUAGUGGGAAACUGUGAGUUACUACUGAAGAGACCCACGGCAAUAUUUAUUUGCUUAAAUAUUGAUUAUCGGGAUGCCGACGAGGAGUCUGUCCUUCAAUUGAACAUUAGUAAAAACUAAUCCAAAUGAGUGUGAUUUAUCUUGUUAUACAAAGCUAUGGCGGAGUAUAGCGAGUGUUUAUCAGGUGUAUAACUUAACAGAAAAAGCAGUCAGACAUAAGUUUCUCUCGUAUUUUUGUUUUCUUUUGUACCUAUGCCCUCUGGGUAAAGAUCGCCAAACUGGCUUUACGAAACUGCUCGAAUUUAUUGAAGAAAAGGAGGUAAACUUUUUUAGCAAAAAGUUUCAAAUUUCAGUUGUUUCUAGUAAUUAUUACGGAAAUGCUAGAUGAUGGAGGAAUUAGGUGAAGUUUCUUUAAAUUAAAAAGAGUGUGAUAAAUGAAUGAAAUUGAAAUAUUUCGUUAAAAAUUCCGAGUCAGUUGAUGAUAAUGAAAGAAAAUACCCCGACUUUUCUGACUUGUCUCGUUAUUUUUCUAUCUGAAGUUCAUAGUUAUUACCAAUCAAGCUUUCAGAGCAGCGAAUAAUUUUGUAAGUAUCCGAAAUCGGUCGGGUGUUCGGUCACACUUUAAGAGGUUGGCUUGCGGAAUCUCUAGAGUUAGUUACAUCACGUACAACCUUUCCAUAUAAAAUUACAAUUUGAAACCUGUUAAUUUUGAUGGUUUUAUUAAUUGUUAUCGGCUUAACGCUUCUGAAAGUCGUGAUAAUAAAAUUAUCUUUUAUCUGUUUUUAUUUUUUUAGCAUGAAAAGUAAGACACGUGCAUUGUGUCUGAUCACAGUUUCUCUACUCACCAAGCCUCCAUGACCUUCAAAACAUAAAAUGUCAUUUUGUCAAUGGGCAGCUAGCUGUGGGUUCGUUUUUUGUUCGGAUCCAGUAGAGAAGUGAUUUGGCCUCUGAAAAAUUCAAGUAUUUGCGAGACUUCUUGGAAACUUCAAAUUUCUUAAUCUACAGAUUAACAUUAAAUAUUGGGAAUUUUGGAUCAAAUGCAUCUAUUAAUGAUGCAUGACACAAAAAGAUGGAUAACAUGGAGAUGUAAAGUGUGAAAAAAGUGGGAUGAUAUCUCUGUAUAAAUUCCGUCUCUAUGCUUUUCUUUUGUUCUGAAAAACCAGAAGAGUCGUCGUUACGGACAUAAAUGCAAUGUUUGUUUUUCCAAACCAAUGUAUAUCAGAGUUGUAAUCCUUUUAAGGUCUUUUAACCCUCCUAAUUUCGCUUAGUUAAAAAUUGAUCACGUAGGCAUCGUCGUUUGAUACAAGCACUUUGAUCGUCGCUUGAUAAUACAAGCCCUUUUCCUUCGUACGGUUCAACCGUACCUGCAAUUUCCAGACAUAAAUUCGUUACUAUAAGUUGUUAUAUAGACCUAAGACUGCACAUUAAAUGACUAUUCCUCGUUCUUUCAUCCAAGCCAACCGAGCCACCACAUAUUUAGACCUAAGACUUAACAUGCACAUCCAUUAAUCCUCGUUCUUAGAUAGAUACACUCGACUCCCUUUAUUGCGGACAACCUCGGGGGAGAUUUUGUGUCCGUAAUAGCGAGAGUUCGUAAUAGCGGGGUACUAGAGAAAAUAAGUUAUUUGGUCUCUAAACCUAUGAAAUAAUAUGUAAGUACGCAAGUAUAAAGUUUCUAACGUGGCCUCACGAAACGGAUAAAGAUUCGGCCGCAAGCAGGAAAUUCUCAUGUUCGCAGCCAAUUGAAGAAUGGUUUCUGUAUUUUCUUUUAUCGUAAUGUCGCUUUGCAUUAUGUAAGUCAGGAUUUUGGACGAAGUACUUAAGUGUCCGCUAUAGAGAGAGAAAAGACAAGUGCCAUGUUUCGCUGGGUGGCAUGAAAGUGUCCGCAUUUCAGUAAUAGCCUGAGUCCGUAGUAAAAACGGGAGUUUAAUUCAGUCAUGUCCUUGCAAUGGCGAGGUGUCUGCAGGGCGAGAGUCAACUGCAAAUUUUCCAUCAAGAUUGGCCCUGUAUUGUGCAGAUGCUCCUAUUAUUUUACUUAAGCGGCGUUGGUAGAUGAUUUGGUUUGAUGAUAGUGUAGAGUGACAGCUUUGAAUCAGUAUGUUCGUCAUCGAACUAAACGUUCUACUUCUCAAACCAGCGAGUGCACCAGUCAAACCAGUUCGAGUUGUCAACUGAUCGAAGGGAGACUACACUCAGCUAACUUGCUAUUGUCAAAAAAUCAAACUUUGCUUACAAACGGAAUUUGUUAUCUAGUGUAAUAACAAAUCGAGUCAGAGUGGACGUGAUUGUCUGUGUUUGGUCGAGGCUAGUACAAAGUCUAGAGUUCCAUUCACUAGGGCCCGUCUCUUUACCAAUUACUGUCAUCUCGCUAGCGCAGAGAGGCGGACUUUGUACAGUUGUCAAUUUCACUUGAGCUUAAAGUGUCUUCUCACGCGUUGUCUUGUUUCCUAUCAGAUCCAUCACAUAUAAAUUACACAUGCCCGUGAAGAGUCUGAGAUUUAAUUAAUCAUAAAAUCAAAAUGAUAUCGCAGAUGAGUUACAAAUCGGGACUAAAUUACGAAUGAUCUUUGCGUAGAUCGACGGUGGACUGUUGUUGGUUGUCUAUAGUCAAGAGAGUCUGUGGGUAAGUCACCAUCUAUUAUUUUCCAUGAAUUUAUUUUUAAGUUUCUUAAAGAAAAAUGUCUGUUGUCUCAGCUAACGACCAAACGGCUAGAGAUCGCAGCCCUGUGCGUGAUUUGCGCGGCUUUGUCUGUUUUCGUGAGAGUCGUUUUGUUACCUGUGUUGAUAAACCUCUGUCAUUUCAACACUGCACGGCCACAACUUUGUGCUUUUUUAAAACUAUUUCUUGUGUCUCUACCAUGGCUAGAAGCUCCCCCAGUUUCGUUUACCAUAGCACAGUAAGAACAAAAUCCGCGACUCAGAGCAGCCCCUCUGCAACAACUUCCGCUAGCUUGCCAAUGAACUAACUAUACAAUAAUAGGGGUAUCCUGCUCGAAUCUCCGACUUAACAAGUACACAGAUCGUGAAGGGGUGUCCAGGUCAGUUUUAUUAUCAUCCACGUGGGCAUCGUCGCUUUACGCUUUUCAUCGCACGGUUCAACUUGUUUGCUCAGCCAUAAUGUCACAUGAGAUAAGCGUUAUUUCAUUUAUCGAGCUCCAGUGACUAUCACACAGUACUUUUAAAACUCAAACCUCUCCCCUCUGUGCUCAUUUUUGCUAACAUUUUAAACUGAAUGAACUAGACAGCCACAGGGCUCUACGCAAAAAUACACUGAACGUGAUUCAGUUGUGGAUGGUAAGUGAUGUAAGCCUCAUUCGUUUAAUGUAAUUUGAUGCAAGCAGGAGCCUUAAAUGCCGUAGGUAAGUUUCUUGAUGAUUUUUAUACCAUGAGCUUCUCUUAUGUGGAAAUGAAAAUGUCGCUGACGAUAGUUGAAAUAUGGUUUAGUUUCUCAGCCCGAUUUUCUUGUUAUGAGGUCUACUUCCUGAUACUGCAAUGAUUCCUCAAUGAUACAAAUGCUACAUUCAAGAAAACGAUUCACAUGCCGCUCUAACUACGGAGACUUAAAAGCUGAGUUUGUGCUUAUGUUCCAAGUUUACUCCAACACUUACUCAACCAUACGAGUAUUAGCGGCGAAGGGCCAAACUGGCGCAAUAUGCUAAAGAUCCUAUGUCAAUUUGCAUAUGAACGAAAGAGUGUUCAUGCAGAAUUUUUUUUUUACUGAAUUAGCUUUUGUUCUCGCCAAGUUUUCUCUCUUGCGCCUGAACGAAAACGAAAGAAACUUUCCGUACGUUUUUGUCAAAAAAGCUGAAGAUAAAUAAUUGGGUGGUCCUAUUUCGCAGAUGCUGGUUUUGAGAUAAUUUUUUCAAAAAGCACUUCCUAUACUUAUUAUAUAGCGCCACGCAAAAAAAUUUAUUCUGGCUGCUUCUUUUAAUAUCAAUGCGAGAUGAUCUUAACCAAAACUGAAAAAAAAGGCUGUAUUCCUAAACUUAAAUUUUUAGAAAAUGUAAAGCUGCAAAGCGCCGCGUCAAAGCGCUAUUCUUAUCCCCUGUCAAUCCACCAUCCAUCAAACAUAAAUUGAACUGUUUUAUUAACAGUUGGGCUGAUAGAGACUCGUGAGGAAAUGAAGAAACUGCAUCUUUAAACAUAAAGGCCAAAGUUGACUACAGAUUCAUGAAGUCAAAUUGAAGAAAUAACCAUAGAAAACUAUAUCAACUAAUUCAUGAAAGAGAGCUUUUCGUUUUUGCUCUAUUAAACAAGUAUUUUUUCGGGCGCUGUCUUGAGGGGCGUUUAACUACCGCGUUUUAUCGAAAGACAAAAUCGGCAAGUCGAUGUCGGAUUUCAAUUGAUAAAAAUAAAUAUCAGGCAAAGAAAAUUUUAUAUGAAUUUAAAGUUUUGGUUCUGGCGCGGACUUUACUCCUGUGGUUGCUUCGCUUCGAGCAUAUAUUCUUCUAAAAUUAAAGUUAAUUCAUCUGUCAUUUCAGCAUGACAGAUGAUUAUCACGGAUCUGUCAAAAAUACGUGGGAUCAUUUGCAUGCAAUUUAACUUCGAUAGGAGGGCUAUGAGGUAAAAAUAAAAUUGACCAGAAGGCCAUGACGGAAUUUUGACUUUAAAAUUAUCCGAAAUGUGAUCUGUGCUUUCCAUGAUUAUGCAGGCUAUGAAAAUACAGCGUAAGAAAGCACAUUAAUAAGGAAUUUGUCUCCACUUUCUAAAUAACAAGUCUUGCGUUGCGAGACGCCAUUGACUUAAAGCUAAAUCAUCAUUUUCUUAUGAAACUAAAUUGCGUGUUAUUUGCACGGUGCAUUAUUUUUUGUCGAACUAAGAGAGCCCAAUGAAGGUCUGUGAUUGAUUCACAGCUGUUCAUGAUCAAGAACAAACUGACCAUUUCACAAGGAAGUAAAAUGACAUACAUAGAACAUAAUUUCGCAAUUUCCCCAGAUUUCCUUCACUUUCCUACAUUUUCCUAAAUUAAAAUUGUUUAUUCCACCGAAGGCAACUUUCUCUCUGGUUCGUCACCUGGUUCGUGAGACCACUUGGCUAAUUAUUCACUAAAAUGAGUUUUAAAAUACGGAGCACCUGCCUUAAGACUCGCGAGAAAGUUCAAAAUCUCCCUUUUGAGUUAAUUUUGAAUUUCCGCACGUAAAGAGGGUUUCAUUUUUGUUUGUUUGUUUUUUAUACUCAAGUUUAUGAAUUAAAAUCAACGAGGAGAUCUAAAGAAAAAGUGGGAUUAUUUAUAGGAACUAUCUGUAAAUGACAUGACUUUCAAAGCGGAAGACUUAAGCCCGCGUUGUAGGUGCUUUGACAAUUGAUAUGAGGAAUGUUGGAUUUGAGAUCAAUUUGAGGACUCCCACACUCAAACAUUUAUGUCUGAUAUUUCUGUCCAGCUGUCCAGAAGAGAUGCGACCGAGAACCGCAUUAAUAUUCAUAGCAAAUCAUUUUGAAAUGGUUAAAAAAAGGGAGGGAUCAGGAAUAAGCUCUUUAGUUCAGCAGGGUUCAUCAGUCUCGGGCCAUUGAAUUCUCAAAACGUUGGACAGGAGAAGCAACCUUAUCGAUCUCCAAAGGUUUACCGUGUUUCUUAUUUCAGAUCAACCUGAAAAAACGCUUGGAUCAGUGCGGUUGAGAUGUUUUUUUUCCUUUUUUUUAAUCUUCCUUUAGUACUGAGAGGCUACAAGUCUGUUUGCUGACAGCGGACUUCAGUGCAUUCUAUCGCAGGUACGUUCAACUGCCAUGAGACGUUCAACGCUUCUUAACUCACAACAAUUUGGACGGAAACAAGUUGACUUUGUAGGGCGAAUAUAUAGGCAGAUCGAUUUUCUGUUUCCAAACUAAUUCUAACAACGUUACAGUCCAUCAAAAAUAAUUAUAUACAUGCGCCAUCGGUGUCUUCAAUAAGAUAUCAUACAUUGUUAUCGCUUCCUUCUGAUAAUUUUUCUGAUAAUUUUCGUUAUUGGUAUUAUGCGUACAAAUGAAGGAACCGUGCAGAAAAUUGAAAAUAGUAAAAAAAAAACUGUUUCUGAAAGUUAUCUUUAUUCAUCGGGACGGAAAACGACAAAUAAGAAGAUGACAAAUUAGAAACGCUUUCGUCAUAAAGGCAAACCAACAACGAAGACCAGUAUUUAUAUAUUUUAAGGAUGAGAAUACUUAAUACAUCUAUGCAGAAAUGCUUAACCAUGACUUCAUUACUAAGAUCACACAGAUCACGGUGCAUGAAAGGAACGGAGUUUUAGACGAGCUCUCAGAGAAUUCCAAAAAAGUACGCUAUUUUAAGACUUGUGUAUGUACGUGGGUUAUUGAGCUCUUCCCUCAAUGGCUCGUCUUAAUGCACGGGCUUUUAGCACGCACUAUUUAUUAGAAGCACAUUUUUUCAUGGUAAACUCAAACGAUGGAAUUAAAACAGAAGCAAAUAUUGAUUACGAUAUGGAUACUGGAGAACCCUGAAUGCCUGCGAUCAGUGGCCGAUCGAUAUAACAUUACAAAAUCGAUUUUAUUUCGUGUUUGUCGCAGAAUUUGUGGAGGAUUGCCAACAAUCUUUCCGGUCAAUAUAUGAGGUACCUACUAGUUUGAAAUUGAGCACCGCUGGGAAAAAUGAUUAAUUUCGGAUCCUUCGCCUAAAGGAACGCGUUGGAUCAGUGAUCCAAUGAUCCGUAUUUAGAUCACGCAGAUCAGUGAACCGACGAAUACUUGUCCAGAGUGGAUUUGAUAGAUCACUGAUCUGAAAAUGGAUUUGCUCGAAAGGAACGCCACAGAUCAGAAAUCCUGAUCCAGAUUCUCCCAAAGGAACGCACCCUAGGAUCUUUUCACUGGGGUUAUUCAUGGAGAAAAUCAAAAUGUCCUGCUGUAUUCCUUUUCCUGUUUCCAGUAUUUCCGUUCCAGUUCACAGCUUCAGUGGCGUCCCGAAAUAUCAUCGACUCAACCUAAGUGAACUUUGUUUUAAAAAAAAAAAAUUUAAAUGUUUUUGUUUCCUUUGAAUUUACAAUCGAUUCCUCUCACCACAUCCCAGGUUGGUAUCGAAUAAGAUUUUAGGGGGGCUAUGAGUGUUCCCUUUACUGAUUAUUUAUUCAGUAAUAACAGUCUUAUCCUAUUAAACUUUAGCAACAGAAAAAAACAGGAACUAAAGAUGAAACCAGAUACCGAGUGGAUUGUUUUGACAGUCCUCUACGCCAUCACGAUGCUCGUAGCGUUUACAGGGAAUAGUUUCCUCAUCUACAUCGUGUGGAAGAAGCCUGAAGUUAGAUCACUGACAAGCUUUAUGUUCGUCAACAUGGCCAUCGCUGAUUUGCUAGUAACCUUGGUAGUGAUGCCCUGGUCAAUUUCCACAAUAUAUACAAGUGGUUUAUGGAUGAUCCCGGGAGUAUUUGGAAAAGUCAUGUGCAAAGGUGUUGUAUACAUUGCUUAUGUCACUUUAACAGCAUCCAUCCUCUGCCUGACGUUCAUGGCGAUCGACAGGUACUAUGCCAUCGUUCAUCCCCUCCGUCGCCAUCUUUGGUUUCGAAAGCCUAAACUAACCGUUCCAUUUAUUUGGAUCGCGUCACUAGUCUCCAUGUCCAUUUUCCUUGUUAUUCAAACUGUGGAGGACUACAAUAAUUCUUCCUAUUGCAUGCUAUCUGUUUACAUCUUGGGUGAUCCCGAUAGGGCUCUUCGAGGAAUAUACCUCCUCCUUUUCGUCGUCAACUAUUUCAUCCCCUUGGCCGUUAUUUCUUGCCUGUAUACUAUCACUGCAUGGAAUUUAUGGUUUCAUGUUGCACCUGGAGUAAAUACUUUGAGAGGAAAUCGAGCGCAACUCGAAACCUCCAAGAGGAGAGUGGUUCGGAUGCUCGUUAUUGUUACCUGUGCCUUUGCCCUUUGUUGGCUCCCGCCACAAGUAGUCCACAUGAUGAUCGUCAUUCGCGCAUCAAAGUUUCAGCUACAGCCGAUUGUCAGCUUUGUGUGUUUCUGGUUUGGACACGCCAACAGUGCCGUUAACCCAUGGCUGUACAUUUUUCUGAGCACCAAGAUAAACACAGCAUUUACUAGGAUCGUCAGUAGAAAAAGCAGCCGGUUGCCUUCAAGUCUCACCAUCAAAACAUCAGAUGCCGUCUUACCACCUGAAGAUGAAGCAAUCCAGAAAGAAUCAACGAUAUAA